AUGGCACCUCCACGCCAGCGCACCGCUGCAAUCGUGGACGACUCCAGGUCCGAAGCUUCCAGCGGUACACGAGAAUACAGAACCACUGCUCCAAAGAGCAGAAAGACAGCGGCAGCUAAGGAGAAGGCGGCUGUGACAAGUGCACCUAUCAAUCCAGAGCCAGAGGAACAACCACGGGUCCCCUGGUCCGACCUCCCCCUCGAAAUCCUCCACGCCUAUCGUCACAUCCACAAACUCCCCACCCCGUCCGCCUUCUCAAACGAUUACUCCCGCAUCGUUCUCUCCCAAGGCGUCGGCCUCCGCUCCCCAACAGCCCUCGCAGCCCGUCGCGCAAAUAACCCCCAAUCAACUCAAUCAACAUCCACCCGUCGCGGGAGCGGGAGUGCCAGUGAACGUGAGAUGGAUGCCCCGCUACGAAGAAUUAUCGGACAGGAUCGCGUGAGCAAGGAUGCGUUUGCGCUUGUUGUGCGGAAACACUUCAACAGCGCGGGGUUAUCGGAGCAAGAGAGUAUUGCGCGGUUUUUGUAUACCGUGCGUGAAGAGCGGAGGGGGAGACAGUUUCGAUUGAGGUUCCAGCCAUAA